GACAGCAGCGUAUCAGAAGCGAGACGGUUCGGUGCCAAGAGCAUCUUUGCAGCUCUUUGCGAGAACAUACCCUUCCGGAGACGUGGGCUGAAGGUGCAGCGGGAGGCAGAAGGAACGCUUUCGAGGAAUGCCAUCGUCAUAGCGGCGCAGCUUCUAGCGGUGCUACUCGUGGUGACAAUGGGGUGGAGGGUGUGUGCUGCGCUGCUCGCUGUGGUGAAUGCUCUGCUAUGGCCUGUCAGGGUGCCUUGGAGAGUACUUACUUGGCUGCUGGCAGGAUGGUAGACGUAGCGGUCUGCAUAACUCACGUGAAGCGUGCCAACUCUUGCCAAGCCCAUGCGCUUUCACUUCAGUGCUUCCCCACAAAUCGCGUGCACCUUCGCGACUUUACUCUCCCUCCAUCAUGUUCGCAUGAAACUCGCAGUAUAGAGCAAAGAUGGCAACGUCCAACGGCACCACUCACGACGCACUCACACUCCUCCGUCACUCCAUCGCGCAAGGCCGUACUCCCAUUCCAAGCAUCGACGCCGACCCUUCAACCGCGGCGGAAACGAGUCCGUCACUGGCACAAGCCGCAUACCUCAUUUUCAAUCUACAAGAUGCGCAACAAAGCCACCACACCCCCAUCCCCCUUACCGAGGUUACUCGCUUUAUCUCGCCCACUGUCGGCGACGAACCACUCGACCUCCGCUCCAUCUACGUAGCAUGGCAGAACAGGACCGAGAACAUCAACACCUACAUAGCCGCCACGCAAGCGCUGAACGACGAGCUACGAGCGUUAGGCAAGACGAAGGAGCGAGUAGUCAACCUCGUCUUUACUGAACGACUCAACCUCAACCAAUGGCUUGCUGGGGAGAUUGGAGAAGAGGAUUGCGAGUUCAUCCGCAGUCUGGACGCUACCAAGGCAACCCGCGCUGAAGCGAAAGACGCGGCAGAGACUGCGAAAGGCGGCGAGGAUGUUGAAAUGCGUGAUGCGGGACUCAUGGACGGCGAGGCGGCGAAGCGAGAACAAGAGCGGUUACGAGAAAUCUACGCUGCAGAACGCAAGAUGGGCGAUCGAAACGUGGUGCUCCGUGGCGUCAAAGUGCAAGACUUCGGCGAUGUCAGGAAGAAGUAUAGUAUCCUCUUCUUCGGCAAGUCGAAACCGGGUCUUCCUCCCGUGGGUUCCGCACCAGCGCCACCACUCACCGCCAACCCCGCCCUCCGACCGCCAGUAAAACCAGCACAACCCGGGCGGAGACCCGAGCCCAUCAUCCUGCUCUCCCCCUCUGCCUCUAGCCUCCUGCGCAUGCCGAACAUUAAAUCCUUCUUGGAAGAAGGCAUCUACACUCCUCCCGACUCCGGCAGCGCAGCAUCCAAUAUCCUCCACCUAACCCGCAGCAUCCCCUCCCUCGCCCCCACCAAUCAAAACAGCAAACCCAUCCGCUUCAUCCUGCUUGACGACCCCUCCCAAUUCCGGCCCGACUAUUGGGACAGGCUGGUCGCUGUGUUCACGACUGGCCAAACAUGGCAGUUCAAGAACUACAAGUGGACGCAACCCGCCGAGCUCUUCUCUCACGCCUUAGGCAUCUACGUCGGAUGGAAGGGGGAAUUGGUUCCGGAGAGUGUCAAGGGGUGGGGCAGGGGCGUGAUGGUGGUCGGCAUUGAUAAGGGUGGGCAGCGCUGGCGGGAUAGGGAGGUGGUGGAGGAGGUGUGGAGGGGGAUUGAGGGGAGGAUGAGGGAGAUGGGGUGGGGGAGGGAGCAGAGGUGAUGCAUUGUAAUGUAUGU